AUGCCUCGAGGCCCGCCCCCUGCGAUGGUGUUGCUGUCCGCCAUUGCCCUCUUUGUAUGGUACAUCAUCUGGACUCGGGGCCACGAGCGACCCAUGACCGCGCUGUCCCACGCCGACCGCUUCCAACACACGCUCCAACAAACACAAAACGUGGCCGAAAUCCCCACGAUCACGGCCACCGCCGAGACGUUGCACGGCGACCAUGUUAUGGGCAAGCUCGCCAAUGAAACCCUCAAAGCAGAACUUGGCCGCGCAGCCUGGAAGGUUCUGCACACUACCAUGGCACGAUUCCCAGACAAGCCAACCCAAGACGAGAGCGAUGCGCUCAAGAGCUACGUUUACCUGUUCGCCCGCCUGUACCCGUGCGGCGAAUGUGCCGAGCAUUUCCAGCAGAUCCUCAAGAAAUAUCCUCCACAGACGUCUUCACGGUCCAGUGCGGCGGCCUGGGCAUGCUUCGUGCAUAACGUGGUGAAUGAAAGCAAAGGCAAACCUAUCUUUGACUGUGCCAACAUUGGAGAUUUCUAUGACUGCGGCUGUGCAGAUGACGAGAAGGAAGAAAUUGCCAAAGCUGGCGCGAAGAGUGAGGCCAUUGCUACACAAGGAAAUAGUGCGAAGCAGGAACCCGUUGAGAUUGAGGUCGAGGGAGAAACCAGAGGCGGUUGA